GUUUGGCGACCCCCGUGAAAUGGCUGUUCGACCCCAAAGGGGGUCCCAACCCACAGGUUGAGAACCACUGCUUUAGUUCAUAUGGGUCACUGGUGGGCUUGAGACAGUUUUGGUCUCUGACCCUUGUGAUGUUUUCUGAUACAUUGCUCCAAAUGCCACAAUCUCCUUUAACACCUGGAAAGAUUUUGGAUCCCAAAGCCUUCCUUCAUUUUUCCAGGUUCUAGAUUUCAGCAUAAGAACAGAUUACUCAUUGCCAAGAUACUUUAAUGUCUGAAUCCAAUAUGUCAAUAUUCCACACGUCUUUAAAACUAAAAUGCAGUUUUCUAAGUAGGAGCUCAUUUUUUCCCCAGCCCAUUGUCCUUCAGAGCUCCUGGUCUCUAUAACUCUUAAGCUCCAGCUAUAGGUUGUGCUAAAUGAAGAUUAUGAAAGAUAUAGUCCAUAGUAACUGGAAGAUAUCAGGUUGGAAUAGGUUGCUCAGGAGUAUUAAUGUGAUCAAUAUCUUAAUCACCAUCACAUAUCUUAUCUAGAAGCACUGGAAGGGAAAGAUUAUUAGUUGUAGCAAGCAGAACAACCACAGUAUUGAAUUGAAAAAGCACAGUUUUCAUUUAUGUGGACUUCAAUUGCAGGAGACUUUAUCAUCUGCUUUUACUAUGACUAUGAUAUCCUAGAAGAGGUUUUACAGCCUGAUGUGUCAGCAUGGACACCUGCAGUGAGGGAACAAAUAGAAGCCAACUGACAUGUAUGUUGUGUCAGAAAUUGUGCCUUCACAUACUUGUAUGCAGAUUCACAAGUAUGAAAGGGCAGAGCUUAUAUUGUGAUAUCCUGACACACAUUUCAUCAUCUUGGCAUCACUGCAGCUAGCUACAAACGCCUGUGUCUCAAAAACACGUGAUGUCAGAUUCUCUAGCUUAAAUUUGGCAGAAGCUAUCCAAAUAGUUGUCAUAUCAGACAACAUAAAAAUUAUAUUGUAUUUAGGAUUAAAUAAGCAUAAUCUUUAAGUUACAACACUCUCUGUCAACAUAAAGUGGAGACUUCUUAUACCUGGAGUUGUUUAAUUUUGGCAGUUCAUUUCCCUGCCUCUUCCACCAAUUAACAGACAUUCCAUCUUGAGUUUCUCAGUCUUAGAGGUUAGUGACUGAUGGCUGUUGACAUAGUAAUAGCAAUAGCACUUAAAUACUACUCCACCGUGCUUUACAGCACUCUCUGAGCAAUUUACAAAUGUCAGCAUAUUGUAAAAUCUGUGUCCUCAUUUUACUGACCUCAGAACGAUGGAAGGCUGAGUCAACCUUGAGCCGGUCAGAAUCGUACUCCUGGUUGUGGUCAGAGUUAGCCUGCAACACUGUAUUCUAACCACUGUGCCAUCACGGUUCCACCAAAUAAUCAACUUAUCGGUCCUAAGAAACCCUGUGUCUUAAUAUAACUUCUACAUAUAGCUGUGUAGUUUUAAGUGCAGUUCUUAGAGCUCCCCAGAUUGGCAUAAAAUUCUAUUUUCAUAUGAGGUAAGAAGAAAUAAAGUAUAUAGAAGUAAUCAAAAUUAUAAACUUGUUUUACAAUCAAAUUAUAUCAAAAUUAUUUUUUAAAAUUUUUAUUUACUUAUUGUUAUUUUUAAAUUUAUUUUUCUCCUGACUCUGUCCAUAUCUUUGUCUUUGACCUAACCUCCUGGCCAUGUGAGGACUUUAGGCCAAAAGACAUUCACACAUUUGCUCUAAAAUUUCAUUCCCCCAAAAUCUAGAACCUGCCAGAUUUGAGAAGAGUGCUUUGGAGAAGCUACAAUAUACUCUUCAAGAACAAAUGAUUUUUAUCAUCUAUCUUCAUACAGGUAAAGAUGGUGUAUUUUAUUCUCCUGUUCAAUAAAUAUACAUUUUUUUAUUCUGUACACAUUCACUAAAUAAUAUAUAAUUUAAAUAAAUAGUCAUAAAAAGCUUAAGCUCUUUGAAUUUUAUUUACCUCAAGACCCAUCCAGAACUAUAGGUCUUUUUCUAAACAUCCUCUUCCUCACUGUCUGAAUUGCUAAGAUUUAGCUUGUUUUUAAAGCUAUGAUUCUAAAAAUUCUGCCACACAUCAUCCAUGUGUAAAUAAAUAAUCUUUUCCCCCAUAUUAGAUCUCACGUAAUUUAGCCGGAUAUGGAAAAGACAGUGCGCCAAAGACUUAAAAAAACAAAACUUGGGUUUUUCAUACCACAAAUAUCACUCUUCCUACUAUAUUGACCCUAGACUCUGCACAUUCUCACUUUGAUGUACUUAAAAGGCAUUAUGAAGUUCACACCAUGAAAAAAAUAAAGUUUUUCAUCUGCUCUUGGUGGCAAACACUUAUGAAGAUUAGAGAAAAGUGUCUGGAUGCUUAACAAUGUGGUCCUAUAAAGUUGUAUUUAGAAGUAAUUUAGUUCAACUAUGUUCAGAGGGGCACAGUAAUGCAAUGUAAGGAAACACUUUUAAAGGGGGGGGUUAUUUUUUUUUUUUAGAAAUAGGUUUUGGGGAAUUCUGGAAGUUGCAGUGCUAGCAUUGCUAGUCAGAAGAUGCCCGUAAUGUAGGAAAUAAACAUGGAAAUACAUUAAUAAUUCAGGCUAAACAUAUGUUCAAGCAAGGUCAAGGAAACUUUUUUUUGUGUGAAGGGCUAUGUUCUCUACAGUACUGUGAAAUAUCCAAUAUUUGUGGGUAAUAAACCAGCUGCUCUUUCUUUCUGGAGGAGGUGGGAGGGAGGGAAUCCCUUCCACUAUAACCUCUAGGGGAUAUUCCAACACUUGGAAAGCUCUUCAUCUCUUCAUCCUAAAUGCAAAGUACAUAAAAUUUAACCACUGCAGCUGGAGCAAAGUAGUGAGAAAUUAAAUGACCCAAGGUUCUCCUCUAAAACCCACAACAAAACUGCAUGGAACUAAAUGUGCCAAUUGUAUCAUUUACAUACUUUAAAUAGCAAUUAUUGAGAUGGCCAGCUGGAGCUUUAUCACUAUACUGAAAUGCAAAUUGAAGGCAACAGAAUUUUCUCAAGGUCGCAAAACUAGAAAUGUUUCCCAAACAUAGUAAGAUUACAACUUUUAGCAUUCCCAACAAGCAUUGUUAAUGGGAAAUUUUGGGAGUGAAGCUAUUUUGUAGCUGAAAAGUGGUGGUGGUGGGGAGACUGAGCUCAGCUCAGCUCAUUUUGGUUUAUUUAUCAAGCUAUAAUUAAGUAAGCCAUGAAUGUAUUCAUUACCAACCUCUAUUACUGCAGUUUUCCUCUGAGCUCCGUUCCACAGAGGUUCUAUGAAGCAGUUAUGCACCUGGUUAUGACAUGUACAAUCACAUAAAUCUCUGAAUCCUGGGCAACUCUAGAUCUUAUGUGAAGUCACAAUAGAGCCUACUAAAGAAUGAAUGGCUCAGAUAAAUAGCAUUUAGAAAAACCUUAAUAGACAAACAAAACGUUCUGGGAUUUUACAUAGAUAACAGGACAACCCCAAAACCCUAACAAAAUGGGCAACUGAUGUUGACAACUGAACUCUUGCCACAGCUGCAGGUCCUCUAUUGAAUUGGCUUUGUUCUCUGCCAUACUAGUUUCUGCCUUGUAAAGAAUGUCUAAAUCCCAGAUAUAAAUUGACAUUAGAGCAUAUUCUAUGAUCUAACAAGAGUCACUGUGUUGAUGGAGAAGAAGAAUGGAGACUCUCUUUCAAUGUGUCUGGAACUUUUGGGGAUUGGAGUCGGCAUGAAUUUUGGACUGCUUUUCGUGUCUCUCUGUUACCUGCCACUCAUCAGCAGUGAGGGAGACCCCAUUCCUGAAGAAAUAUAUGAAUUACUGCGUGACAGCUCAGUGCAUUCCAUCAGAGAACUCCAGCAGGUCCUGCAGAUAGAAUCCGUAGAUGAAGAUACCUCUAGUUCAUACAUGAAUUUUACCCAAAUGCAUGUGGGUGAAAAUCGUGUUUCUUUGUCCCGUGGAAGACGAAGUUUAGCUGGAGCAGAACCUAUUGAACCAGCAGUAAUUGCUGAAUGCAAGACACGGUCUGAAGUCUUUGAAAUCUCCCGGAGCAUGGUGGAUUCAACAAAUGCCAAUUUUCUUGUGUGGCCACCCUGUGUGGAAGUGCAACGGUGCACAGGCUGUUGCAAUACCCGAGCAAUGCAAUGUCGUCCCACACAGGUUCGGGUGAGACAUAUCCAGGUAAACAAGAUUGAAGUUGCUGAAAAGAAGGCAGUCUUUAAUAAAGCAAUUGUAGCUUUAGAAGACCACCUGGCAUGUCGAUGUGAGCCAGUAUCACCCAGACUUCCCAGUCGGGAAAAUUCACGUGAGCACAGAGGUGAGCCCCCAGUAAGUGCUGUAACUUCUCUUCCAGCAAGAGCAAGAGCACACAGGUUCCCACCACAAAAGAGGAAGCAUCGAAAGUUCAAACAUGUACAUGAUAAAAAAACAUUGAAAGAAAUUUUCCCAGCAUAAAAAUGCUGGCAGGCAGAAGUACAAAUGUCAGGUUUAUUUAAUAUAUUUGCUGUAUAGCCCCCAUGGGGUUAUCAAAAGUUUCUCUCCGUCCAUCUGCCUCAAUGCCCUUUUGGACGGCCAACGGUGCUUCCCAAUUCUUCAUUCGCUGAAUGUUUUCUCACCAAAGUUUGCCAUUUAAGUUCAUAAUGGCAUUACAUCUGCCUCUUGAAGAAGAAAAAGGAGAGAGGAAAUAAAGAGCAAAACAACAGCAAUGGGAAUGGACAAGAUGCUUUUUGCUGCAACAAACACUAUCGAAAUAUUGCAAGACUUGUGGUUCUAAUGCAUUUUGGAAGUGGUGGGUUUGGGGAAAACGGGAAUAUAACAAAGUUAUUUUUCCUCCUUUUUUCUUCCCCAUCUUGGACUUAACUGGGCUCAGGUUGUUUACUGUGGCAGUGGGCAUGUCAAGAAAGUCAGUAUGGCAAACGGUGACAGCAGAUGCACUAAGGACUUUUACUGUCAUGUUUCCACUGAUAUGUUUAAUGUCUUCGUGUAUAUUUCAUUUUUCCUACCAUGCCUUGGGGAAUUGAAGCAAUCAAUACUAAAUUCCCAUUCCUAACACUUUCUGGAACCAGUUAUGUUGGGAGUCCAUCUUACCCACCCUCAUGCAAAGCUUCCUCAUGGGUCAAAGAAGUAAUUUCUGAAAGUCAUGUUAAGAAAGACUUGGCUCCUCCUGUCAAUUGAGUUUAGAGAUGUUUCUGUUAAUAAAUUUACAUUGGGAAAAGUAAUAGUUGUGACUCAUGGACAAACUGGGGCUUCUAGCACCCCUGAUGUGCUAUUUUUGCAACUGCUGCCUUUGUAGUUGCUAGAAUAAAGCACUGCUUUUUAGUAAGCAAGGCCACAGCAAUAUUUCAGCAUGUUGUUUUAAGAUUAGGCAGUAUACAGGCAAUCAGCAGCAGCAUCUCUCUAAAUGAUCUUAAAUGCCAGUUGAGGUAAAGAGGUCUCUAGUUAGGAUCACCUAAGAAAAUAGCAGCAGUUUCGACCAAUCAUUGAUAGGAUAUAGUUAUACAGCAUCAGCCAUCAUUUGUAUGUCAUUUUUUUCCCCUCUAGCAUAGUCAUUUAUGCCCAGAUGCAGUCUUACACAGGGGCAUCGGUGGAGUUGGGUAAGGGGUCAGAAGUAAAAAGAAGUAAAGAUGGCAGUUGCGUUUGCCAUCUUGAUCCCACCCCAUUCCUGGAUACCCCAAGUCUUACAGUACUAAUCUCAGGUUAAUAUCUUCCAAUCUUAUGAAAACCAAGCUGUGUAAAAUUUUAGAAAAGCCAUACAAUGCUGCACAAUGUAUUGAGUAUGUAUAAAAGUCAAGUGGUGCUGAAUACCAUUACACCAAGUGCUGCUGGCCCCAUCCCAGUCCAAUUAAUAACAUCUGAUGGAUAUGGCAGAUUUCUCUCUCCUUGGGACUCCAGCUUGGGAUUUGCUGUCUUUAAAAAUAUGAUAAAUAAGCUGUUUCCUGUCACUAAAUGCAAAAUUCACUGGAAGUCUUCUGUUGAGACAGUAGCCUUUGAAAAAAGUUUAAUUGCCUAUGGACCUUUACUGAGACAAUACUGAACAAAAAAAGGAAAGGAAUAUGUGAAUGUGUAACAUCCCCUUUCCAGUUACAUUUUAGCUCUGUUCAUUUACUGUGUUGUUAUAAAAGAGGAGAGACAAAACAAAAAUUGCUGAGGUUAUAGAUGGGUAGAGUUUGACCGAGGUUUGGGGCAUUUAAGGUCUAAUUCUAUAAUUUCUACACUAUUGCUUGCCUCAUGAUGGAAAAAUAUGUUUAAAUCUUAACUGAAAACAUUCUAGUUUUAUCCUCAGUGACUAAACACAUGAUAGAAUCCAGCAGUAAUACAAAUACCUUUAUUAAAAGAAUCUUAUCUAAAUACCUGAAACUAUGAAAAACUCUUGGUAAGGGGGCAUCAAGACAAGAAAUAAAGCCUUUUGCAAUCUUUAAAACAUGUUAAAUGAGCUAUGCAAACCUGGUUGGUUAGGGUUAACAGUUGUGUGCCACAAAAUUCCAGCUGAUCAUUAGAUGGCAGAACAGAGUUUCUGUAAUGACUAUAUUGUUGUCUAACCCAGAUUUUUGCACCUCAGGUGAUAAUUCUAAAUUCUUUUGGUAAGCCACAUUUGGAUUUGUUCCUAGCUCUGAACUAUUAGCCAUGGUUUACAGAUUACAGUGGCUGUGCAACAUGUUAAAGCCAAAUGCAACAACCCACCCAAUAAUGUAUGAUGUGCAAAUUGAACAACCUAUUUUACUCCAGUUGAGACAAAAGGAAAGAUGCCACAAUUGGGCAAACUAAGUAAUACAAACACAAACAUGGAACAACUAGGGUUCUAAUAGGAGAACAUUAUUUUCUGUCACGUACCCCUGCCUGAUGAAGGAUUCUCAAAAUGCACCUUUUCCUCAUUCCAUUUUCAGUCCAACUACCUAUGGAAACAAAAUGGAAAAUUAGUUGGAAUGCUUAUUUUACCUCCUCUUUCAGUUUUUAUUGUCCAAAGAUAAUGGGUGUCAAUAAUCUCCUCCUUUACUUUCAUUUGAGUAAUGCUACUGAUGUUCGGAUGCCCUAGAUCAGGGGUAUCACACUGCUAGCCCGCAGGCCGAUUGCAUCAUACGGAGGCCAUGCCUACCCCAGCUCCAGCAAUGCAAAAAAAAAAGUCACGAUGUGUCACGGCAUGGCACGUGAUGCGAUGAGUUUGACACCCGUGCCCUAGAUCAACUUUUAUGACACAUCUUGCUUCAGCCCAUUUUUUCUCAUAUGAAAACAUCCAUAGUCCUCUAACACCUGACAAGACUGAGAUUUGUGGUCAUUAAUUUGCAUUUAGCCAGAUUGUACUGGUUUAAAAAAAGCAUUAAUACUAUAGCUGUGGUCUCUCAAUAUAAUUCCAUGGCACCAAGAUGUAUGAAAAGUCUGCUCAAAACAGUUUGGAAAUAUGCAUCACCUGUCUACUCACUUUAUACUCAAUGGUUUAUUUCUGACAUUAAAAUACUUGCUAUUCAGUCCUAUUUCACUUUG